ACAUUUGCAAUCACCAUGGCCCUUAAGACCCUCUCCGCAAAGGCAGCCACUGCUCUUGAUCAGGAGCUCAUGAGCACCUGCGCCUUCUCACUCGACCAGUUAAUGGAGCUUGCUGGACUCUCUGUCUCACAAGCUGUGUUUAAAGUCCACCCACCUGCCCGAGGACGCCGCAUCCUCGUUGCUUGUGGACCUGGAAACAAUGGUGGCGAUGGUCUUGUUGCUGCUAGACACCUUCGACACUAUGGAUACCAACCAUCUGUCUACUACCCCAAACGAGGCAAAAAUGAACUCUACCAGCGUCUGACAAAGCAGCUAGAGGACCUCGAGGUCCCCUUCGUGGAUGACUUUGGUGUUGCCCUAAGCGCAUCCGAUCAUGUGGUGGACGCCAUAUUUGGUUUCAGCUUCUCUGGUGAAGUUCGUGAGCCAUUCCCAGCUGUUAUCUGGGCUUUGGCAGAGACAAAGGUCCCAGUGACCUCGGUUGAUGCGCCCUCGUCGUGGGAUAUCGAGCAUGGCCCUCCAGAGCCUGGGCAUGUUGGGUCCAACUUUAUUCCUGCAGUCCUAGUCAGCCUCACCGCGCCAAAGCCUCUGGCCAAACACUUCAAAGGCCGUCAUUUUGUCGGUGGCAGGUUUGUCACGCCGGCGAUCGCGAAAAAAUACAACCUCGACUUGCCCGACUAUGACGGGCUCGAUCAGAUCGCCGAGGUUGCAGCAGGCAGCGCCAGCCCCGAAAAACUUUGAAGUUGUUGCACUACGGGUGCUCGGUGAGGUGUCGUUGUAUUCUGAGAUUCGCCCAGCCGCUCGUUUGGAACCAAGGGCCGCAGCUUUAUUCAUUGUCACCGUACGCCCAUCGCUCUGUCGUCUGCAUGUGCCAAUUCCAUUGUCUUCAUAUAACUGCACAACCUCCCGUACGGCUGUUUGGGCACACGGGGCUUGGACAUUUCCCAUUGUCCAUCUCGGUGAGUUCGACCUUUGUCCCAUUCGCGCACUCGAGCAGCGGGGGAUGGAAGUCAUGACAAAAUGCGACGUAUACCAAGUACUCUUUCCCACAGACAGGGCAUUCAGCAGUGUGCUCAGUGCACAUCUAGGCCGGCCAGUAGGACCGCCUGACGAGACCGUCGAACGGGCCUGAGGAACUUCGUGGUUCGGGUUUGUCUCGUUGAUUCGGUUGCCAAUAGGCACGAAAAGGGUUCAGGUCUGAUUGAAAAAUGGACCCGAGCUUUGAACAUCCACGAUUCGUCAACUUUUUUUGGUUGGCGAUUUUGCGAUAACAGAACAGGUGUAAUGCGAUCCAAAAUGUGGACAGCGCUCUUGUCGAAGUUUUUGGGCUCUGCGUUAGAUGUUAUAUUUCCUCUGAGCAGACAAGGACUUGAUGGUGAUGUGUCUUCAGAUCGAUGAUGGAAGCGUGGCGUUGGGCGAAUACCAGACGCCAGGAACAAUAUCUCCGGAUGGACCCGCCGGCCGCUCACCCAAACUCUUCCAACGUUCGGCCUGCUGCAGGGGACGCUGUCGACGACGAUUGUGGGGGGUAGCCGGAGUUAUUUGCGGGCAGGCUUCGGGUCAGGCCGCUUCAGCCGACUUUUAACUUUUUCAAACUUACUGGCUUGUGCUGGACCCUGCCCUUUUGUUCUCUUGUUAUAAGCGAGAGUGCUCGUAGCUAGGGUUGUUUUGUAGGUGCGCAUCAGACACCGUCCAUCUGAGGCACCGCGGCAAAGAAGCUGUGGCGAAGUCGCACUCGCAGCAUGGCCUAGCGUACCGACGCAAUGGUGACAGGCUUGACUUUGGGGGUGGGUUGUGACAGCGAACCAAAUUGAUGGGCGGCCCUCGACGAUGCAACACAAGCUUGGGUGGUGCAGACCACUGCUUAAGUUGGGAAAAGAACUAUAAAGCCAGGCAAGGGAGCCCCUUCACCUUCCCAACUACAGUAGUUCCUUUAACCCUCUUUUCUGUUUAAGCAAGUGUGGCGCGUGUCCGUGAGGAAGGGAAAAAAAAGCUGCUACUCCCCUCUUCACCCGCCCAGAUUAUGCUCUCUCUGGGGACUACCCGCCGCUCGACUGGGCUUUGUGUGGUGGCGCUUGCGUGCGUUAUUGCACUCGCAACAACGCCCAGGGCCCGGAGCAAAUGCUCCUGAAUUCCCCUGACAUGGCCCCGCCACCCGACAGGAAAAAUCGGGGCCUGACAGGUCUAGCCUUCUUCUACUGGAAGAACAGCAGAGGCGUUUCGCAAACAUGCCAAAGAUGGAUCUUUUUUGCGUUUGUGAAUAAGGGCUAUGUACUCGGAAGGGUUCACUUCAACCGUGUGGCAUAGGAUGAACAAAUUGCAAAUGGGGCGCUUUUUUUUUCUUUUUUUCUUUUUUUUUUUU